AGGUCGGGAAGAGAGGGGGAAAGAGUGAUAGACGGACAGGGGGGUCAUUCCAGAGAGGAAUUCCGCCCGCUUCGCACAUCGCGUUAUAAAGCAGUGGUGCGGAGACCGGGCGUGCAGGCGCACGGUGACACUACCAGCCCGGGCACCCCAUUACCCCCCGAUCCGUCCGCGUCCACCGCAGGCUCCGCGCCACCCCGGCCAAGAGAACUACCCGCACUUCCAAACAAAUGCCACCCAACGUCAAGGAAGCACCCGCGCAGAGCGGGGUGUUGUACGAGGACGAGGCCGAGCCGGACUACCGCACUGCCAUCGCCAAGCACGACGAGAGGACCAGCGGCAAGUCGUACCGCGAGCUGCAGCCCAUCCUGUGGGACCGGGUGGCGGGCCACCUCCUGUUCAACGCCCUCUCCGUCUACGCCAUCAAGCUCAUCUUUACGGACGUCAAGCUCCUGACCACCGCAUGGGCCUUCCUCCUGUUCCUCGCGUGUAACCUUGGGGUUACCUCGGGCGUCCACAGGCUGUGGAGCCACAAGGCCUACAAGGCGAAGCUGCCGCUCAGGAUCCUCCUAGCCGCGUUCAACACCAUGAGCUGGCAGGGCAGCAUCUACCAAUGGGCCAUCGACCACCGCGCGCACCACAAGUUCACCGAGACGGACGCCGACCACGUGAACGCCCGCAGGGGCUUUUUCUUCUCGCACGUCGGCUGGCUGCUGUGCAAGAAGCACCCGGACGUGAUUCGAUUCGGAAAGACGAUCGACUCCAGCGACUUGCUAGCCGACCCUGUGGUCUACUACCAAAAGAAGUACUACUACGUGUUCAUGCCGUUCCUGUGGUACCUGAUCCCCGUGGCUGUGCCCAUGCUCCUGUGGGACGAGACGCACGCCAAUGCCUUCCUCGUGGCCGUGGCUCUCCGCUUCACGCUCUGCCUGCACGCCAUCUUCCUCGUCAACUCCGCGGCCCACAUGGUCGGCUCGCGUCCUUACGAUAAGUCCAUCGCCGCCCGGGAGAACUUCCUGGUCGCCCUGGGCAUCGGCGGCGAGGGCUAUCACAACUACCACCACGUGUUCCCCUGGGACUACAAGUCGGGCGAGUUCAGCUACUACGCCUCCAACUACGGCGCAGUCUUCAUCGAGCUCAUGGCCAAGAUAGGCCAGGCCACGCACCUCAAGUCGGUGAACCGCGACCUAGUCAUGGCGCGCUGCCUGCGCACGGGUGACGGCACCCACCCCGUCUGGGGCUGGGGAGACAAGGACAUGAGCGAGGAGGACAAGAGGGUCACCAUCGUCAGCUAGGCCCAUCCAGCUCCGUAUUAUUUAUUAUCAUUAUUACUAUUCGCAAAUCGCCGUCUUUGAUCUUUAAGAAACACUGUGAUACUAAAUGUAGAAAUCAGGUCGCAGUUCCGCUAGUAUAGCGCCAAAUAAUGCACAUGCCCAAGGAAAACGUUUUUCUCACAAAGACCUCAUUGUGACCUCUGAGGUCACGAUUCCUUGAGCUUGUGAGGUCACCAGUGAGGUCACAAGUGCAAGAAUCGUGACCUCGUAAGUCAUAAAGAGGUCACAAUGAGGUCUUCGUGAGAAACACGUUUUUCUUUAGGUGAAUUUGAGACUUUGAGAAUUUUUUCCGACAUCAUUUCGACAUUGUUUUUCACGUCGUUACGACAUAAAAGUGUGCCUGAAAUCGGAGGCUUUUCGACAGAGAAACGUGGGAACGAUACCGACUGUCGAAAAGCCGUUGAUUUCAGGCACACUUUCAUGUCGUAACGACGUGAAAAAAGAUGUCGAAAUGACGUUGCCGGAAAAAAAAUUAUCACUGGGAAUGCUCAAAUGUGUCACAAAACAUCACAUUUAGAUGCGCAUUCCAGAUCGGCGCUGCUCGCAGGGAUGCGGCUUAUUGUGUAUGAUCUUAGUAUCGUUCACUUUUACUUACGACAAUGUGUUUUUUUUCUUUUUGGUCUAGAGUAAAUAUCUAAACCAGCCAAACGCAAAAAAAAGUUCUCGAACGUUAUUUGCUGAUGACGGGACAGAAAACCGAACAAUUUUCUGGAACAACUAAUUGAGCUACUCCAACGAAACCGAACGAAACAUUUUAUGUGUCGGUCCGGUUUUACUAGGCCUACUUAUACGAGAGUACUGCUCUCCCCAUUCAGUUAAGGUACUAUCGUCGUUUCAAGUGUGGCCAGCCAUAAUGGAUAUAUUUAACUAAUACAGCACAUAAAGCAAUGCCUUUUUUGCCGUGAGGAGACCUACGUGUUUGUAGUUCGGCCCUACUUUACCCUCAGCACUCCAUACGUAUGGUGUACGAUGUAUUUAUGUAUUUAUUAGCAAUGUUGAAUAAAUUAUUAAUUUUUUAAA